CUUAUAUAAAAAUAUGAAAACCUUGCCCCCUCCCAUAUAUAUGACUAUAUUUUUUUGACAAGACCUCAAAGACUCCAGUAUAAACCAAGAUAAGCAGCUCCAAAUCUCUAGUUCGUAAGCCAAGAAAUUAUAAGAAGAAAGAAAAAUGGAGUACUAUGUAUCCAUUUUGCUUGGACUGUCAUUCGCCUGGAUUUUGGUGCGUGGAUUCAUGUCACUUGGAAGAACCAAAAGCUCUAAAAAACAUGCGCCAGGUCCAUUUCCUUUGCCUAUUAUUGGAAACCUUCAUUUGCUUGGUGACCAACCUCACAAAUCACUUACUCAACUCGCAAAAGCUCAUGGUCCAAUUAUGAAUCUCAAAUUUGGCCAAAUAAACACAGUGGUCAUUUCCUCCUCAGUCUUGGCUAGAGAAGUCAUGCAAAAACAAGAUUUGACCUUUUCCAAUAGGUGUAUUCCUGACGCUCUCCGUGCCUGCAAUCACUAUGAUUUUUCUGUUAUUUGGUUACCUGUCAAUGACUCUCGCUGGAGAACUCUUCGCAAGAUUAUGACCUCUAACAUCUUCUCAGGUAACAAGCUUGAUGUUAGCGAGCAUCUCAGAAGUAAAAAGAUCCAGGAGCUAAUUGAUUUUUGUCACAAGAGUGCCAACAAUGGUGAAGCAGUGGAUAUUGGCAGAGCAGCUUUUAGAACUUCCUUGAAUUUGCUGUCAAACAAUAUUUUCUCUAAAGAUUUGACUGACCCAUUUUCUGAUUCCGCUAAGGAAUUUAAGGACUUGGUGUGGAACAUUAUGGUCGAGGCUGGUAAACCAAAUUUGGUGGACUAUUUCCCUUUUCUUGAGAAAAUUGAUCCACAACGUAUAAGGCAGCGCAUGACCGAUCAUCUUACUAAGGUUCUUGACCUUAUGAGUGGUUUGAUUGAUGAGCGGCUAAAGGAAAGGAAAAUGAGAAACUAUGCAAAUGUUGAUGUUUUAGAUGCACUUCUCAACAUUAGCCCAGAAGAGCUUGACAGGAAUCACAUCGAGCAUAUGUGUCUGGACUUGUUUGUAGCAGGGACCGAUACAACAUCAAAUACGCUGGAGUGGGCAAUGGCAGAACUACUUAAGAAACCACAUACUUUGGAGAAAGCCCAAGAAGAACUUGCACAAGUGAUUGGCAGAGGUAAACUAGUAGAUGAAGCUGAUGUUGCACAGCUUCCCUACUUGCGAUGCAUCGUGAAAGAAACCUUGAGAAUACACCCUCCGGUUCCUUUCUUGAUUCCACGCAAAGUUGAUGAUGAUGUUGAGCUUUGUGGCUAUGUUGUCCCAAAAGACUCGCAAGUUCUAGUGAAUGUGUGGGCAAUUGGGCGCGACUCUGGCCUAUGGGAAAAUCCGUUGAUCUUUAAGCCAGAGAGGUUCCGGGAGUCAGAAAUAGAUGUUCGAGGUCGGGAUUUUGAGCUCAUACCAUUUGGUGCUGGUCGGAGAAUUUGCCCUGGAUUGCCUUUGGCUAUCAGGAUGGUUCCAGUUGCACUAGCUUCAUUGCUAAAUACGUUUAACUGGAAGCUACAAGGUGGAAUUGCACCUAAAGAUUUGGACAUGGAGGAAAAUUUUGGUAUUACCUUGGCAAAAGCUCAACCCCUGCUAGCUAUCCCUAUUCCACUGUAGGAAUAACGUUAAGAUUUUAGGUAAGUAUAUUACGAGUAAUAUAGUAAGUAACAUUAUUUUCUUUGUGAAUGGAUGAAACUUAAUACAAAGAUUUUCAAAAAAAAAAAAAAAA